CACACUAAUGUUCAUGUUCAAAUCAUGAAAUGCAUACCAACAUGUUGGUAGUGGGAUGAAGGCAUACAAUAGAAUGCGGUGGAGCUAUUACUUACGUAGUAGUAGUAGUAGUAGUAGUAGUAGUAGUAGCUGCAACUCUCGGUGUUUGUGCACCAACUCCAAUGCCAGUAGAAGAACCAGAACCACCCACACUCCAUCUCCAUCACCCAACAAGCCUGACGUCAAAGACCCUGACUUACUCAAAUGGAACAAGGUCAUUUCUACUCACAUGCGCAAUGGCCACUGUGACUCUGCUCUCCGUGUCUUCAACACCAUGCCUCGUCGGAGCUCCGUCUCCUACAACGCCAUGAUAUCUGGCUACCUCAGGAACGCCAGGUUCUCCCUUGCAAGGGACCUGUUUGAUAAAAUGCCCCAGAGGGACUUGGUUUCCUGGAAUGUCAUGCUUACUGGGUAUGUUAGGAACCGCAGGCUCGGUGAUGCCCGCAGAUUGUUUGAUUCAAUGCCUCAAAAGGAUGUUGUUUCCUGGAAUGCCAUGUUGUCUGGGUAUGCCCAGAACGGGUAUGCUGAUGAGGCAAGGGAGGUUUUUUAUCAGAUGCCUCAUAAGAAUGCCAUCUCCUGGAAUGGACUGCUUGCAGCUUAUGUUCACAAUGGGAGAAUUGAGGAGGCUUGUAGGUUGUUUGACUCCAAAUCAGACUGGGAAUUGAUUUCUUGGAAUUGUUUGAUGGGUGGGUUUGUGAAGAGAAAGAUGUUAGGUGCUGCUAGGAAGCUUUUUGACAAAAUGCAUGUCAGGGAUGUAGUCUCCUGGAACACUAUGAUUUCAGGUUAUGCCCAGGAUGGAGAUAUGUCACAAGCUAAGAAUUUGUUUGAUCAAUCUCCACACCAGGAUGUGUUCACAUGGACAGCUAUGGUGUCUGGAUAUGUGCAGAAUGGAAUGUUAGAUGAAGCAAGAACUUUUUUUGAUCAAAUGCCUCAAAAAAAUGAAAUUUCGUACAAUGCAAUGGUUGCAGGUUAUGUGCAAUCCAAUAAAAUGGACAUGGCAAGGGAAUUGUUUGAAGCAAUGCCUUCUCGGAAUGUAAGUUCAUGGAAUACCAUGAUUACUGGCUAUGGUCAGAAUGGAGACAUAGCUCAAGCUAGGAAAUUGUUUGAUAUGAUGCCUCAGCGUGAUUGUGUAUCUUGGGCAGCUAUUAUUUCUGGUUAUGCUCAGACUGGUCACUAUGAAGAGGCUUUGAACAUGUUUAUAGAGAUAAAACGAGACGGGGAGAGUUUAAAUAGGUCAACCUUUAGUUGUGCUUUGAGCACAUGUGCUGAUAUUGCUGCAUUGGAGUUAGGGAAACAAAUUCAUGGGCAGGUGGUGAAGACCGGAUACGAGACCGGGUGUUUUGUGGGGAAUGCACUUCUCGGGAUGUAUUUCAAAUGUGGCAGCAUUGGCGAAGCUAAUGAUGUGUUUGAGGGAAUAGAGGAGAAAGAUGUUGUCUCUUGGAACACAAUGAUAGCUGGUUAUGCCAGGCAUGGAUUUGGCAAACAGGCUUUAAUGGUAUUUGAGUCAAUGAAGACCAUAGGUGUUAAACCUGAUGAGAUUACUAUGGUUGGUGUUCUGUCUGCUUGUAGUCAUGCUGGCUUGAUAGACAGGGGAACUGAAUACUUCUAUUCGAUGAAUAAAGAUUACAGUGUGACACCGUCUUCAAAACAUUAUACUUGCAUGAUUGAUCUUCUUGGAAGAGCUGGUCGCUUGGAAGAAGCACAGGACUUAAUGAGAAACAUGCCUUUCGAGCCACCCGCUGCAUCAUGGGGGGCUCUACUAGGUGCAAGCCGGAUUCAUGGCAAUACUGAACUGGGUGAGAAGGCUGCUGAGAUGGUUUUUAAGAUGGAACCUCAUAACUCAGGAAUGUAUGUCCUUCUUUCAAAUCUAUAUGCAGCUUCGGGCAGAUGGGCUGAUGCUGGUAACAUGAGAUCCAGAAUGAGGGAUGUUGGUGUGCAAAAAGUAACUGGGUAUAGUUGGGUUGAGGUGCAAAAUAAGAUUCAUAAGUUCACAGUUGGGGAUUGUUUCCAUCCAGAAAAGGAUAGAAUAUACGCCUUCUUAGAAGAGCUAGAUCUGAAAAUGAGACGUGAGGGGUAUGUUUCUUCAACAAAAUUGGUUUUGCAUGAUGUGGAAGAGGAAGAGAAGGAGCACAUGCUCAAGUAUCACAGUGAAAAAUUAGCUGUGGCCUUUGGAAUUCUGACUAUACCAGCUGGCAGACCAAUACGAGUCAUAAAAAACUUGCGCGUAUGUGAAGACUGUCAUAAUGCCAUCAAGCACAUAUCCAAGAUUGUUGGAAGGUUGAUAAUCUUAAGGGAUUCUCAUCGCUUUCACCACUUCAAUGAGGGUAUUUGUUCUUGUGGCGAUUAUUGGUAACAAAGGAGAAAAUGAACCUAAAGUAUCAGCUGUACUCUCUGGAUCCUAGGCCUAUUUAUAUGUGAUCGAAGAAGUGCUGAUAGCAGUGAGAACCCCGUUCAUUAUGGAGUUGGUGUUCUCGUGAAUGAGGUGAUAGGGAAAUAUGAGUUGCUCAGAUCACUUCACAAUGACCACCAAGAGGUAUCAUCUGGUGGGAGUUUGAAUGAUUAUAUCAGAUAAUCAUGCAAAUAACUGAAGUUAAAAAGAUUGCAUUACAUGCAAAUAAUAUAUUGUAGAGUAAGCUGAAUUAGAAAACGGCUAGAGAAGAAUGCUCUUCAUAAAUGUUUGGCUAAUUUGUCUAAGUGCCCGCACCCAAGAAAGAAACCUGGGCGCCACAAGAACUCCUGACAAACAUGGCUGCCACUCACUCACUGUACCCCUUCAAAUAUACAAAGUGUUUCAUCUUUUACCUAUACUGUAUUAGGGAUUUAGCAUGAUAAGCCUGUUUUGUAUAUCCAGAAAAAAGUGAUAUUAGAAACUAUUGAUUUCACCAUGUCAUAAGAUUUCCUGUUCUAAGUAGUUUUGUGGUUAUAUUUCAUUCUACACCCCAUUCUACCGGUCAUGUGGUAUAAUAAUGGAGAAUGUAAACAAUUAAAACUGAGUGAAUCAUCUGAAAGAUGUUUCUGUGUCUAAGCUCUAUGCGU